GCUCCAGGCCGGCCGCGCCGCGCCACUGGUAAAUACCUUUGGCGGGGCGGGGGAGAGGAGCGUCGAAUUUCAAAAAAAAAAAAAAAACCCAAACCCCCACAGCCCCCGGCGGGCGGGCGGGCGCGCGGGAUGGGCGCCCUUUGGCUGCGGGAGCGAGUGGAGGAUGCUGGGAAGGAGGUAAAAUGGCCACCGGCGGCGGCGCGGAGGAGGAGAGGAAGCGGGGGCGCUCGCAGCUCCUGCCCCCCGCGCGCCCGGCGGCACGGGGCGAGGAGGCUGAGGGCGGCCGCGAGAAGAUGGGCUGGGCCCAGGUGGUGAAGAACCUGGCCGAGAAGAAGGGCGAGUUCCGCGAGUCGCGGCCGCCGCGGCGCGAGGAGGAAGGCGGCAGCGGCCCCGCGGCGGGCCCGGGCAAGGGCCGCUUCCUCGUGCGCAUCUGUUUCCAGGGCGACGAGGGCGCCUGCCCGACGCGGGACUUCGUGGUGGGCGCGCUCAUCCUGCGCUCCAUCGGCAUGGACCCCAGCGACAUCUACGCGGUCAUCCAGAUCCCGGGCAGCCGCGAGUUCGACGUGAGCUUCCGCUCGGCGGAGAAGCUGGCCCUGUUCCUGCGCGUGUACGAGGAGAAGCGCGAGCAGGAGGACUGCUGGGAGAACUUUGUGGUGCUGGGGCGGAGCAAGUCCAGCUUGAAGACGCUCUUCAUCCUCUUCCGGAACGAGACGGUGGACGUGGAGGACAUCGUGACCUGGCUCAAGCGCCACUGCGAUGUGCUGGCCGUGCCCGUGAAAGUGACCGACAGGUUUGGGAUCUGGACCGGGGAGUACAAGUGCGAGAUCGAGCUGCGCCAGGGGGAGGGCGGGGUCCGGCACCUGCCGGGGGCCUUCUUCCUGGGGGCCGAGAGGGGCUACAGCUGGUACAAGGGGCAGCCCAAGACGUGCUUUAAAUGUGGCUCCCGGACCCACAUGAGCGGCAGCUGCACGCAGGACAGGUGCUUCAGGUGCGGGGAGGAGGGGCACCUGAGCCCUUACUGCCGGAAGGGCAUCGUGUGCAACCUCUGUGGCAAGCGAGGACACGCCUUUGCCCAGUGUCCCAAAGCGGUUCACAAUUCCGUGGCAGCUCAGCUAACCGGCGUGGCCGGGCACUGAACACCCGCCUGCCCCCCAGGGUGAACACAGAGCCAGCUUACCCCUCUGAAGUGCCAAAACUUUUUUUUAAACCAUUUUUUAUCCUUUUUGAAGGAGAUCUUUUUAAACCUACAAGAGACAUCUCUCUCUGCCUUCUUAAAUCGAGUUUACUCCAUUUCAGCCUUUUCUGAAUUGGUGACUCUCAUCAGUAACGACUACCGAGAAGUGUAGUCUGCAGAUAUGUCGUCCCUUCUUUUCUAAUAUGUUGUUUUUGUAUUUGGGGAUUUUUUUAUUUUUUGGUACAUUUUACUCCCCACGCCUUGUCUUCUCCCCGGAUUUUCACCCAUUGGGCUGCCUUGCUGGUCUUUAUGCCCCAGCACCAGGUACGGAGCCCAGCACGUGGUAGGCACUCCAUCAGUGUUUGUUGAAUUGAGAACAUUGUUAACUGUGGCUUCUGUCAGGGUGUCUAUCUUUUGCAGCUCUUCCCCUCCCCUUUUAAUUUGCUGCUUCUAAUCUAUGUGGUCUGAGAAUUUGUGAAACCAGUGUUGUUAGAAGUGUAUGUAAUCUAAGUCAAUAAGCUCUGAAUGGUGGCCAGGGGCCUCUCUUAUGGCGGUAAAAUGCAUGGACUUUGUGACAGCUCUUUCAGUGGCUCAGAAGCCAUUUUUCACAGAAUCAUUUAAUCUAGAAUUUUCCUGCUGGAAAGGACCUGAAAGUUGGUUUAGACCAAUCCCCUGGUUUUCCAGCAGAUGAAACAGGCCCAGAGAGGUUAAAUGACUGGGUCAACAUCACGGAGCUGUCUGGUGCUAGCCCUAGCCUAGAGUUCCCUGACCCCAAGCCCGGUGCUCGUUCUACUACCUCUCACACUUCACAACAUUUUCCUCAACACUUGAGGGCCCAGAAAGUCUGAUCUCUCCAGAAUAAUGAGCCUAGAGGAAUGCUAAGAAAUCAUCUGGAGGAGGAAGCAG